GGAGAACACACACCAGCGAUUCGGUUGUGAUUUAUGGAUGCGUUUUUAUAUCUGCGCAUACGGCAUCAUAUUUCCAGAUUAAAGCGCGGGGGCGCAAUAGAUAAAAAACAAGUGGGUGAACAGCAUUCCGAAGCAAGGGAAUCAUUAUUUCGAUAAUUUUGGCUUUUCUUUGCGUGCUCUUCGCCUCAAGCUUGUCAGUUACGCUUCCAUCCGCUUCAUCGUCAUCGACGGCCAGGACGUAACAACGAUAAUUGUGCUUCGGGAUGUAAAUCCAAUUCUCUGCUGGCUGCGGCUCGUUAAAUCAACUGCAAUUUAUGUGACCUAGUAAUAAGGCUACGACCCAGUGCAACCGUUAAUUUUCUCACCCUGGGCCGAGCGUCCAAUCGAUCUGUCUCUCUCGCGGCCCGCCAAAUGCAAAUUGAAAAGAAUUAUACUGCCGGCAAUCACGCGAUAAAUAAUGGAAAAGAAAUUGACGUCUCCGAAAUUAAUUCAUCUGAAAGUUCGGCCUGGCGAUAGUACAGGUCGACUCGACGUGCCGCUCGGUAUCAGAUUAAAAUCGAUGUCAAUGAUGCAGAUGGCAUUUAGCAGCUUACGAAUUGAUCGAAGAGAGCUAAAACUACUUAGCUCUAAGUGGUUGGCUGGUCAGUACAAGUUAAUAGACAUUGUUGCGCGCUCGGCAAGUUUCUUAAUUAAAGGCGAUAUAGCAGGUCGAACGUCGAAUAAACUUGGAGCAAAAAGGGCGCAAUAAAUGUUGCUGGCGGGCAAUCUUUGGCUUUUAAUAAACUUUCUUUCCUUGGGCGAUGAACAUCGUGUGCCGUUAUCAAUGACGCUAAUAUCCUUUGUAGCGCGCGAAAUAAGCAUCGUUGUAAUACCGCUGUCGUUACUUAUAGUGUUUACAUUAAUUCGUUGUCUCUAAGCAUAAUAACUACUUUGAGGGAUGUUGCAACGCCAUACGCUUCUGAGUGUACGUGCAUUUGCACGUGGUAAUCAAGCUGUAGAAACGGUUCACUCACUCCUCGCUUCAAAUACCUAACGAGAGUUGCGCCUGCGUGCACAUUACCUCUAUGUGUGCGUAUAGUAGUACAACAUACAUCUAUCCUCCCUUCCAAAGUUCCACGGCGGUGCAAGCGAUAAAUAUAUUGACAAGCGUCUACAUUGGUUGGAGUAAGCAAAUCAGAAAGUUUGCAAAUGUUUUUCUGAUUGUUUUGGAACCGCGCCAAAUCGCGAAAAUCAAGAUCUCUUGAUUAAAACAAAGCAUUGAGUACAAUAAACAAGAGACUCACUUUAAAGAAACGCCAAAUGGCUGUGACAAGUAAAAUAUCCCUUUUACUGUCGUCUAUUCUUACUGUGCUCUUAUUUUCUGGAAUGCAGAUGUACAAAAAUUGGUUGAUUUCUUCUCAGCUACACAUUGUUUUUGGAGGCUACAUUGGAUCCUUAGUGUUCAUAUUUUUACUCACUGCACUUGGUAAUUUGGAAUCUGUGUUGUUUGGCAAGUCUUUCCAAAUGAAACUCUUUCCCGAAGUUUUUAUAUCAUUAAUUUUCUCCCUUGUUGCAUCAGGUUUGAUACAUCGUGUUGCAACUACAACAUGCUUUUUAUUCUCAAUUUUGUCCUUGUAUUAUAUUAAUCGUAUUUCACAAGAAACAUACUCAGCGCCUGCACCUGCAGUCAAUGUUCAUACAAAAAAGAAAAAAUAAACCUG